GUUGCGGCAUGCAGUGUGUUAUCGGCGACUUCAGUGAUUGUUGACGUAUAUACAUAUCAAUUUUAACUGAUUAUUCCGCCCGUAUUCAACGAGCGAACAAGGGAUCUUUUUGAGCCGAGGAGAUUUGAAGCAAACAAUGGAAUCUGAAUGUAGGCGCAAGGGCCCUAGAAGCCCCAGCGCCGAUUCAGAUGAUUCCUCGCAUAUUAGAAGAAGACGAAAGUAUGAUCGGUCACCAUCUCCCAGACGAAACCGAUACCGCAGGUCUCGUUCCAGAGACAGAAGAUCUCGAUCAAGUUCUAGAGAUAGAAGACGAAAGGAAUCUAGGACGCAAGAUUGGAAGCAACAAGCUCCUCCAUCCCAAACCCAAAAUACCGUACCUAAUCCAAGCAAUUCUACGAGUUAUGUUUCAGCAGUACAUAAUCAAUAUCAGGCUCCUCCACCAAACACGAGUCAGCCACCACCACCGAUUUCUGCCUACAGCCAAGGAUAUAACAAUUAUGGUUAUAAUUAUGGUCCAGGUUACGACUACAGUUAUCAACAGCCUGCUGGUUAUCGGAGUGAUUAUCCACCACCCAAUUGGCAAGGAAGUCAGGUAUCAUAUAACAACCAACAAGCACCGCCACCUCCUGCGAUGACACCACAACAAGAAUCAUCAAGGCCAAUUGACAGCAGUUCUUCUGGCUUAGUUACAUCUUUAACAAGGCCUGAGGAUGUCAAAAAAGAAGCAAUCGCAGCUGAGGUAAAACAGCAGAAGGCGACAUUGGCCAAACAACGAGAGGAAUAUGUUAAGAAAUCUGCCACGUUGCAACGUGAACUGGAAAUUUUGCGUCAACAAUGUGAUGAGAUAGGCAAAGACGGUGGUCGUGAAAAUAAUCGAAUUUUAAAGGAAAAUCAGAAAUUACAGAUUGAAAUACAAAAUAAAAUGAAGUCUAUUCACAAUGUCAUUGAUAUGCUUACUGGUAUUAUUGGUGACAAAGUUACCGUGGAUGAUCUGAAGAGCAAGUUUAAGCUAGAAUUAAGUAAGCGUUCGAGAAGUCCAAAAGAAGACUUUCCAAAAGGGAAGUCCCCUUCGCCCAAUAGAUCAUCACCUUCUGAUUCAGAUAAGGAAUCCAAAGCAGAAAAAGAUAUUAGGGAGAGAAGAUCAUCGGAGGAUAAGCCAAUGUAUAAUUUCGUUCACUAUGACCCUGAAAUGCAUUGGUGUAGGGUCUGCGAUAUCUUUCCUAAAACAGCAAAGGAAUAUUUAAAUCAUCUACAUAGCAAUGAACACAAAGAGGCUUGUUUAGAACGCAAGAUUGUUGAUAUGCCAUGGCAUGAGCGAAAUGGCGAAGGGACAGAAAAAGAAGUACCCUAUUAUCAUGGACUACCGACGAAAAGAACGCCUAUUAAAGGGCUACAGUUCUUCAGUGCGGCAACAGCCUGGUACUGUAAACUUUGUGAUUCCUGGAUAGGCGAUCUUCAUUGUGCUAGUCUACAUUUGAAGUCUAAACGUCAUUCUGAGAAUUUCUCUCGCUUUGUAGAGCAAAAUCCACAUUGGGAAACCGACUGGAUGGCCGAUAGAGAAAAGGCGUUCUCUGAAGAUAAACACAAACAAAUACAGUUGGAAUUGCAGAAACAGAAGGAUGACGAUCCUCCGACAAAAUCGAAAAAAUCGAAGAAGAAUAAAAAAAAAUCAAAGAAAGCCAAGAAACGCAGAAAUAGAAGCAGCGCUAGUGAUACAUCAAGUGAGUCAGAGAAUUCUGAUACAGAAUCUGAUCAAGAUACUACCAAAAGUAUACGUGUAGCCAUGCGAAACAAGAUUAAAGCAUCUACGCAAGCGAUUCUGAAUGAGGAGAUAGAUUAUCAACGUAUAAAAUUGAAAGGACAUAACUGGUCGAAAGCACCACAAAUGAAUCAAUCACCACUACCUGAGCAACAUCCGUCAGAGGCGGAUGACAGACAACUCUUGAAUUCAAUCAGAGACAAAUUGAAAGCCAAACAAGAGGAGGAGAUGAAAAGUCGCAAGCAUCACGAUAAGAUAGAAGAAGAGGAUUUACAGCAAGACACUUAUUCAAAGAAAUCGGAAGAUUUGGAGGCUUGGGGUCCAAAGGAACCACCCAAACCUUUCUGGAUAAAGAAAGAAGAAGAAAAGCAGUCACAGCCAAUUGUGACAAAUAAACCAAUCGAAUUACCGAAACCAGAAGAGAUGCCGAAACCACACAUGGGAUUCUGGACUAAGCAACAAGUGAAUAUGACAGUAAAGCCGCCCGAAAAUAAAUCAAUGGAGAAAGAAGACGAAAGAGACCGCGAUAGGGAUCGUUAUAAAGAUGAUCGUGAUCGCAAAUACAGUAGAUACGAGAGGAGAAGCCGGCGCGACAGAGAUCGGGAUAGGGACAGAGAUAGGGAUAGGGACCGUGAUUACUAUGACGAUCGUCGAAAAAGGGAUAGGGACAGAGACAGCAACGAUUCUCCAAGACGUGAUAGAAAUUGGCGUGACAACAGUCCCAAAAGAAGCUACGACAAGUACAGUAAAGAUAGACGGGGAGAUAAUGACAAUUCAUCGAAUGAUGAAUCCAAAUUUGACAAGAAAUCAAGCGAGUCAAAGUUAAAGAAAGGUGUCAUCUCGAGCAAGAAAUCUGCGCCACAAGUAGCAACUAAGGGCAAGUUACCGUUCAUCGGAAGAUUACCUCUAUUUAAGAAAAAAGCCGAAGAACCAAAGUUACCAGAGAAAGAUAUUACUCCGCUGCCCUAUCAACAAAGCAAAUUUGAGGACACGCCGAAGGUACCUAAUGAAAUUAUCAAUCCACCUGGUGUUGUACACAUCACUAAAUUAGCUACCCCAGUAAAUUUGAAUAACAGCAGCGUUACAACUUCACUGGUAAGCAAAACUAACAAUCAGCCUAUGAAGAUUUUGGUGGCACCUCCGCCUCCUGUGCUGAACGAGACCAAGCCGACCCAACAAGUAGUUGAUAUGGAAUUAGAUGAUCAGUCUGAGGAAACAGUUAUAGAGGAGCAGCCGAUAGUAGAGCCACAAAAACAGCAGCAGCAAACUUCGACCGUGUCGAAAUUGCCGUUACCUUCGCAUCCACCGCCACCACUGAAUAGACCACCACCCAGUUUUACUCCGAGCCAACAACAACCAGCAGUGCAGAAUAGACCGCCACCAGCGCAAAAUACACUACCGACGCCGCAUUUUACGCCAAAUCGACCGCCUCCACCAUUCAUGUCAAAUCCACCGCCUUUUGUUCAGGCACCACCAAGAUUUCCACCUCGUCAAGCUGUUCCACCUGCUACUUUCAUAACGCAGCCGCCACCGAUACCAAAUGCAAACUUCGUACAGAAUCAUCAAAAUCCACCGCCGCCGCCGAUGCCAACAGUAGUAGACUCGGGCGCUGUAGUGCCACCACAUUCCGACGUGACUGAGAUACCAGAACCGUCGGAGAAACGUUCGACAGACCCGAGCAUUCCAUUGCCGGAUGAUCUACAAGAAGCUCUUAAUAUAAUCUUUCCUAAGGAGGAGACAGCGGAAACUAAACAGCAACAACAGAGCCAACAAGAAUCUAACAUCAUGUACUCUUCAAUGUACAGUAUGUUGGGCUGCGUAGGAUACGGCCCUGAAUAUAUGGAUCAACCACCACCUGAGAUCAUGCAAGAGGCAGAAGUGGAUACACAACCCGGACCCGAUGAUCUUCGCAUGCUGGGCAUUGAUGAGGGAGAUACAAUUUUGUAAAUCACACUCGCGAUCUAUGAGUUUAUAUCGAUGUAUUAUGGCGCUCCUGAUUCACAUACAGGAAAAGUUUUGUUCUGCAAUAGAAAAGGUUGAUCUAUUGUUGAUCCACUUAUCAUUCAUUUCAAUGUCUGAUAGGUAUUUUAUCAUUGACUAUCUCUCAUGUUUUGAAAUCGAAUGAGAAAAAAAGAAAAGUGACAAAAAAGAAAAGAAAAAAGAAGUAAUUAUGAUAGAUAAUCUUGAAAUAUUGUGAAUAUAAAGCUAGCGCCAUGAAUUAUGACUAAGUCUGGUACUAGCUUAAGCGGUCUGUAAAGAUUACUUAACGAUAUACAGUAGAAUUUACAAAUUAUCCGCUAUAUUAUAUUUGUUAACAUCGUAACUGUCUUCGUUUUAUAAUAUAUUUUCAUCAGUUUUGUUUUGGAAUUUAUGAUAAAGUAUUGCACAAUCGAUAUCAUUUAACAUCAGCGACAGCAACGAUUGAUAUAUAAUAGUUUUAAACUUUGUCUAUCUUAAGGUUCCUAACUAAUUAUUGUGAUCACAUUGGGUCAUUAUCGAUAUUAUAAUCUAGAAAUGACAAGAAGUUUCUUGCAUGCCAUUUGCAAAUUAAGAGAAUUGAAUAAAACAAAAUAAUGAGAGAUCACUUUGAAACACUUAUAUACAAAUGGGCCAAAGCUAUUCUUAUCCUUUCUGACAAUUUACAUCAAUAAAUAGUCGUAAUAAGCAUAUUAAGUGAAAAUAGGCGCCUAUUUUUUUUAUGACUAUUAACUGUCAGAAGGGAUAAAGAUAGCUUCGGCCCAUUUUUGCAAAAGUUUUAACGUGAUUUCAUUAUGUUUCAUUUUGUUUUAUCCUCUUUAUUUACAAAUGGCAUGCAAAAAAUUUCAACGUGUCAUUUUUCGCUCAUGACAUUACGAUCCAAUAUGACUGCAGCAAUUAAUCAGGAAUCUUAACAAAAGUUAUAAGCAUUUGUUGAAAACUGAUAAAUCUGAAUAACGUUAUGGAAUGUUACCAAUGAAUAAGUCAAAAAAUAAGACCAGAUAUGUGUGUAAUAUCAAUAAAAAACGCAAUUCCACAUCA